AUGACAAUGAUGUUCGUCCAUCUGCGCCGUGUGGUGUGCCUGUUGGUGUUUCUUCACUUCAUUUCUGUUUUGGUUCUCGCAGAGGGAGAAAAGGAAGUUGUAACAGAGGUUGCAAACAAUGAUGUUGAGGCGGCAGUGAUGGACCAAGAAAGGGCGUGGGAGACGUAUUUGGAUAUUCCAAACUUCACCAGGGAAGAGCUCGGAGAAAACGAUAUUCUGGGGGAAUCUGGAAACGCUGAUUUGAAGGAUGCAGUCUGGAAGACAUUGGUGACCGUCAAGGAAUCCGAGAUUCACUUUAAGAACGGAACGGCCUGUAUGUCCGAGUGGAAAAAGGUGGUUGAAGCAAAUGAGAAGACGGUUAAGGAUGCCGCGGGGGCCACCGAGAGAAUUAAGGGUAUUAUCAAAAAAAUUGAUGAGGUGGCGGAUCGGGAAACGAAGGACAAAUACGGUAAAAUAACGACUAUGAAGCUGAAGGACGCCUGUGACGGAGAGAAAUUAGAUAAAUUACUUCAGGAAAUACCGAAGGUACUGAAAGAGACAAAAGAAAAGGCACCAGGAAAAGAGGUGGUAUUUAAAAUUGCCGAGGCCAAACAAGCGGAGCUCCUGUGUAAAGCCACGCGUUCCAACGUGGCCCAUGUUUUGAUUGAUAUUGAAAGGAAGGUCGAGGGCAUUACUACUUUUGUGGGAGAUUAUAAUAGGAGUGAUAAAGCAAUGUUGGUGAAGAGGGUGGCCGAGGGAAUAAACGCCACAUUGCGAAAUGUCACGGCUCUAAUUGACAAUGUUACAGUACAGAACAGAUUUGCAGUGGGGAGGAUAAAAACCCUGGUACAGGAUUGGAAAGAGGCGUACGCAGAGCUAGAGCGACUUGCAAAACUGGAAGGUUCGACGCCGUUAGGCAGCAAUCAGAAGUGUAAGAUUGAGGAAAAAAAAUCGCAGCUUGAGGAAAUAAGCGGGCUUAUAGCGGAACCCCAGAAAGAAAUUAAGAAAGCUACGGAUACAGUUGGUGCAGUGGGUGAAGACGCGAAGAAGGAAAGGAAGGAGUACGCCGAUGAGGUUAACAGAAGGGUGACGGAGGCAAUCAAGAAUGUUACCACGGGAAUGGAGGAGAAGAAGGAUGAGGUUGCCCAAGAAAAGAUGCGGAGGGAGGAAGAAGCGAGAAGAGCUGCAGAAAGGGCCAGGGAAGAAGAAAGAGCGAGACAGGCAGCAGAAAAAGACAAAGAAGUAGAAAGAGUGAGACAGGCAGCAGAAAAAGCCAAAGAAGUAGAAAGAGCGAGACAGGCAGCAGAAAAGGCGAGACUGGCGGCGGCACAAAAAGCCAAGGAAGAAAAAGCGAGACAGGCAGCAGAAAAGGCUAUGGAAGAAAAGGCGAAACGGGCAGUGGAAGAGGAGCUUCCGCAGAAGAAGAAAAAAAAGAGAGACGGCAGCAGCAGUCCUGCAUUGGUGCACAGUCCUUUACUGCUGCUUCUGUUGUGUGUGCUGGGUUGCACUGCGGUGUUGAUCAGUGUUCCCAUGACACAGCUGCACAGUUAA